AUGACUGUACCGGAAGUCGGGAUGUUCAACCCGCCAAGGGUAUAUGAGUUUUUUCAAGAGUUUGGACUCCUCAAGCAGCCUCUCGUCAAGGAAGUGGAUAUGACUGAGACAUUGAAAUCUCUUUUUGGUACAGUGAACCGUGCGACAGGACAACUGGACGAGGAGGCAUAUCCCGCGAUGCUACAGGCGAAGUCAAGGCUGAAGCGCAAGAUCACGUAUCGCAUCAUCCCUCAGGAGCAUUUCAUGGGCCGCGACGAGCUCUUGCUUGACGUUGCUGCUUGGGACGAAGAGGUCUUUUAUGCCGAAGCAAUCCCAAUGGUUUAUAGGAUCGUGACAACUGCGCACGCUAACAUCUCGAGGUAUCGCGAUCUUGAUCCUGUCUGGACCGACUGGAACGAGAUGGUGGAAGGCAAGUAUCAGUUAGAAGGCAUCCCGAUGCGACUUCCCACCGCUCUGGGAAGGGAUAACUGCUUCAAAUACCUGAGGCAUUGGUUUGACUUGGGCAGUCUGAAGUUUCUGAAAUGGCGUCGGAAGAACGGGCUGAUGAUGGCGCCUGUGGAACUCGAAGAACGUUGGUGGAUCGACUCUUACCGCACCCCUGGUCCGGAUGGUGCCGCAAUGCCCGACGCCGAGAUACCUCCUACCGCUCAAGAGACCAUGAACCAUGUUCCUGAUACCCCAGCUGUCGAGAUUGGCUCUUUGGCUCUCUCGCCCUAUGGAAGUAAGGGCGCGCUCAUCCACCGUGUACAUCAAGAGGCACUUUGGGAUGAGGACUUGAUCGAGUGGAUUGACAUCCGGCCUGUAUCUGAUCCCGACGACCGGCUGCCGCAGACACUGGUUCCUCCCGGUGCCGAUGAGGAGGGCGCCUGGGUGCCUCCUUGCGCAGUGCCGUCUAAUCCUGAAGCUAUGGCCCAGUGGUCUUUGCAUACUCUCCAAACGUUGCCGGCGUCGCUCAGGAGAUUCACCCGCCACUUGCGGGGUGGAAUCUGCCAGUUGGCUGAACUUCCACUUGUUCCGAAUACGUUUUUCUCGUUGAGGGCCGCUUCAAAGUACAUCGCCAUUCCUGACCAUCUGCGGUGGACCAUUCCUAAUGCUUCGUCGCUCACGAGGGAGAACCUCGAUGCAUGGCGUGUCUUUCUUAUGCUCCGCCCUUGGAGCUUUGAGCAUGGGGGGCAAGUGCGAUUUUCUGGCCUGGAUACAGCUUGGGUAUUUGUAUUAGGCUCCGUGCUCUUUCUGCAGGCUUCGGGUUGGGGGGCAUUAACAGAGUCUGCUCUUUCCACUUCGCCUGGUACGGCCGACUAUAGGUCGCUAGACGUCAUUUUUCAAGCUUUUGAGGAGAGUAUGGACGACCUGGCAAGAGAGUACGAAUAUCCUGGAUGCCCGCCUUCCAUGAAGUACGGUCUUGCCAGCACACGCGCACAUUACCUGGCAUAUUUGGUCCGCAACGAGGACGCAUUGAUCUAUCUAUUACGUUGUGUAACUAGAAUGGAUGACGGCCCCUUUGAUUCAUCCGCUGUAACAAUACCGUCCAGGGUCAAGGAUGAGACCUGGAUUACACGCACGAACGGUGUGCCGUCGUGGCAUUGGCCUCGUUGCGGAUUGCCGAACGGUGCUCAUAUGGAUCCCAAUCUCCACAUUCAGAUUCUGUCGUGGCUCGAGCGCGACGACAUUUUUAUAGAUCAAUCUACCGGCCAGCCUCGUUCAAGGGAAACAGGCCUAGCAGUGAUGCUUAAGGCGGCUUUGAUCUUGGCGGAUGUGGAGCAUGUACUCGACGGUAAUUUUGAGCAGCGUGGAGCCGAGCAACUCAGCGACUCAACAAUCCUGGACAAAGCGGAGAGCGUUCGUGUGGACCUGGGUAGUUGGGCGGAGAGACACGCCGAAAGACUGGACCCCCUACUCAAGUUGCGCAACGACGAGGGCCUAGACAUAGAGGAUGACGACGGCGCGCUGGAUCAUGGGGCCAUGCCUGACGCUCUUCACCUUCGCGAGGGAUCGAGAACUUCGAGGCGUGGAUCCGAGACACCUCCUGCCAGCAGCUUGGCGCAGCCCUUUGCAGGGCUGGAUGUGGCCGACGUUGAACGCGGAGGCGUCGGAGACUUCAGGGCAUUCCUUGCCGCGGAACCGCUGUCGGCAGCACAGGUCUAUUCUAAGCGAGGAUUGGAGAAUAUCGCCAACGAGCCGGUUCGUCGCGAAGCCAAUCGGCUUGCUCGUCAGGCAGGCAGGAAGUCGAAAGAAACGAAGGGAGCCACGCGGACCCCUGCAUCCCAGCGGCAAAGACCUGCUGCCUACCUACUCAGCGAUGGGGAGUCUGAGUUCGAAACCGCUGGCCAGGAAGACCGACAGGAUGCUACUGCUGCGCGUCGGAAGCGGGAGCAUCCUCGAGCAAAACGUGUCACCCGCGCAAGCACCUCGAAGACAGGACUUUUGCAGACUUCCGACCGACCAGGCGCCGGGCCAUCUAAACGGCGAAAGGGCGUGCAGGGUCCUAAGACGAAGAAGAAAGACGCGCGAGGCGCCGGUACAUCGACGGAAGCUCUCGCAUCGCCCCGGCAUGCAAGCGGAAGUGCCGCCGCUGGCCCUGCUAAACGGAAGCGAUCAUUUAUCUCGGCCGGGGCAAGUCGAAAAAGACGGCGAAUGUCCGACAAAUCCCGCCUAGAAGAUGAAAGCAGCGCUCGGGUUCCUUCUCGUAGCGUGGAUUCCCGCUCGUCAGGAAGUGAUUCUGAACUUCCUCGGCGCCUGACACGCUCGGCACCAGCGCCGGUAUUUCCGUCGGCUCUUCCUGCGGUCUUUGAUGCCGAGGGCUCUAGCGGAAGCGGCAUUGACAGCGAAGAGUUGAGGUCGGCGACUUCAGCUCGACCCUCAUCUCGCCGAAGAGUCUUGUCGUUUGUGUCAGCUCGGGCCCGACAAGCCGUUCGGUUUUUAUCUGUAUCCAGCUCUGACGAUCCAACCGCCGCGCUCGGUUGA